AAUUGGACUGCUUUUCGGGUCAGGCUUGGCUUUGCAACUGUCACUUGUUUGCCUUUGCCAAAUAAACUUAAACAAGGAUAAAGCCUUGGGUACACAACUGUUUAGAGCAGAAGAAUAUAUUCGUAAAUUUAAUAAAAUAAAAGAAUAACUAGAUUUGUCAAAGGACUUUGGAUAUGCAUCUGUGUCCCCUAAGCUGGCCAAUUUGAUUGCAGAGCCAAUGUAAACGUACCAAUGGCCAAAACCAAAGUAAACAUAUUCCCGGAUAUGUAUAUCCCUAUAUCCUUCACUUCCCGCUGUGUUUGUGUGUGUGCACAGCUUUUAAUUAAAAAUUCUCUCGCAUGUUCUUUGCUCGCUUCCGGUUCGCUUUGUUUGCCCUGCUCCGCCGGAUUGUUUAUACAAAUUUAAUGAAAUUCUUAGGGCCAAGUAAAUAGUGAGACGAAUAAAUUUUGAUAAUGCGAUCCUUGGUCAAUGACAGCGACCAUAGAAAUGCCACUGCCGAUGGCAUCUUGAAUGGCCCGCCCAGCAUCUGCCGGUUGCUUUGAGCAAAUUGCCCAUCAAAUGCCGUGACUCCCUUUUCCCUCUCUCUAUCUGAAAAAUGUGUAAAUUUUUACUCAAAUAUUUGCUUUCAAUUUUGCAGCCCCAACCCAUCCGGGAACCGAGAACAGAGUUUUCGGGACCCAAGACUCCCUUUGAGCGACUCCAGUACCUGCUGCCUCUGUACCCCAAAUUUGCUGGAGCCGACAGCUUCAUGUGCUUAGACCACAAAACAGCUCAGUGGUUUCGAAUAACUGCCAGGGACAGAGGGCCCCACACACAAACAGCCGAGUUGCGGCAGCUUGAGGUGAGAUCCGAACUAUGGCAUGUGCCCUAUCCCAGCGGGGCCUUAUGGAAUCCCUCCAGAACCCUUUCCAGCGAUGCACUCUGGUCAGUUCUUGAAAGCAAAACAGUCGAACUGGGCUCUUCUUAUAGACGCCACUGUGCGAUGGCAUAUUGUUGCAACAAACAAUGCCCGUCUCACACAUGAGUUAUGGCCCGAUCUCGUUCUGCAGCUGGUUGGGUUAUGUGUGUUUGGGUAUUGUGGAGGUUGCCUGGCAUUUUGGUCUAUUAGAAGUGCCCUACCCCCCAUCCCUACUACUACCUACCCCUGAAGACCCUUUCACUGAGGCAGGUCUUUUGUUUGACUUGCGCCUGAAUGGAAAGACGAGAACUGGAGCAGCUCCCGCUGCCAUGAUGAGUGGCAAUGCUGUGGCUCAAACUAUUGAUUUUGCCCACGGCGUGACACAUUCAUAUUUCAUGCCAUUGACAUAGAUACACAUAUGCAAAGCGGGGACUUUUCGUGAAAGCAAAAUUGAAAAGGAAAAUUCGUAAACAUAAAAGAAUAGGGGAAAUAUGUCAAAAGCCAUUGUUAAUGUCAUCGCUGGGAGCUGAAAAUGGGGAAUGUGAUCGGGGCGCGUGAUUUGCCUAUAGAUUGAUUUUUACACUCAAACACCCACCGUGCCGCGUUGUUUGGCAAGUGGAUUUUAAUUCAAUUACAGUCGCCUGACGAGGCACAUAGAAAACAACAGGCGCCCUGAAAUCCAUCGCCUUACUGGCCCCAGUUUUCUUACCACAAUUUAUUUACGCAAGUAUUUUCGGAUAAUUUGUUUUUCAUUUCAAAAUAUAUGUUCGCCAACGGAUCAGAGCGAAAACUUUGGGGCCAUGUCAGGAAGCGUGCUUGAAAUUAAACUUUGUUCAAACAAAAACACAACUGAUAAACAAGACGAGCAUAAAAUAGAAGCGAAAACAUUUUUAUAACACUCGGGUGGGGGCUGAAUAUCAAAGGAUUGAGAAGUGGGACACGAGUCCAAGAAGUUGGCUAUUGGUUGGACUUUGGGUAAACAAAAUUUGAGGAGCUUUUAAAAUGAAACUGUAGACAAGGCCAUAAAAAUAGAAUUUUGUAUAUAACUUAAAGCAUCUAAACAGUUAUUGAACUUAAGGCGUUCGAAAAUGUAAUAUUAUUUACUAGUAUACCUUUCAU